AAAUCAUUCCUCGCUCUAUCCUAAUGACCACCUUUGAAGGGAGCUACUACCUGCUGUGUGCCCUGGGAGAUGGAGCACUCUUCUACUUUGGUCUGGAUCUGCAGACUGGUGCCCUAAGCGAGCGUAAGAAGGUCACUCUUGGUACACAGCCCACUGUGCUGAGGACCUUCAGAUCCCUGUCCACUUCCAAUGUCUUUGCCUGCUCUGACCGACCCACUGUUAUCUAUUCCUCCAACCACAAGCUGGUGUUCUCCAAUGUCAACCUCAAGGAGGUCAAUUAUAUGUGCCCACUCAACUCUGAGGGCUACCCCGACAGUUUGGCUCUGGCCAACAACAGCACUCUGACUAUUGGAACCAUCGAUGAGAUUCAGAAACUCCACAUUCGCACUGUUCCCCUGUAUGAAUCUCCAAGACGGAUCUGUUACCAGGAGGUUUCCCAGUGUUUCGGAGUUCUGUCCAGCAGAGUGGAGAUUCAGGAUGUGAGCGGCACCACAUCUGCUGUACGACCCAGCGCGAGCACUCAGGCUCUCUCUAGCAGUGUGAGCUCCAGCAAGCUCUUCCCCAGCAGCACUUCUCCCCACGAGACUUCCUUCGGGGAAGAGGUGGAGGUUCACAAUCUGCUGGUUGUGGAUCAACACACCUUUGAAGUUCUGCAUGCCCAUCAGUUCCUCCCCAGUGAGUAUGCUCUCAGCCUGGUGUCUUGUCGCCUGGGAAAAGACCCGUCUGUGUAUUUUAUCGUCGGCACCGCCAUGGUGUACCCAGAGGAGGCUGAGCCCAAGCAAGGACGCAUCAUUGUCUUCCACUACACCGACGGUAAGCUCCAAACCGUUGCUGAAAAGGAGGUGAAAGGAGCUGUCUACUCUAUGGUAGAGUUCAAUGGCAAAUUCCUGGCCAGCAUAAAUAGCACAGUCCGUCUGUACGAGUGGACGGCCGAGAAGGAGCUGAGGACCGAGUGUAACCACUACAACAAUAUUAUGGCCCUUUACCUGAAGACCAAAGGAGAUUUCAUUCUGGUGGGAGACUUGAUGAGGUCCGUUCUGCUGCUGGCAUACAAAUCCAUGGAGGGCAACUUUGAAGAGAUUGCCCGUGACUUCAAUCCUAACUGGAUGAGUGCAGUGGAAAUUCUGGAUGACGACAACUUCCUGGGGGCGGAGAACGCCUUCAAUCUGUUUGUCUGCCAAAAGGACAGUGCGGCCACCACAGAUGAGGAGCGUCAGCACCUGCAGGAAGUGGGGCUGUUUCACCUUGGGGAGUUUGUAAAUGUCUUCUGCCAUGGUUCGCUGGUGCUGCAGAACCUCGGCGAGAGCUCCACACCCACCCAGGGCUCAGUGCUCUUUGGCACGGUUAAUGGCAUGAUUGGUCUGGUGACAUCCCUGUCCGAGGGCUGGUACAGCCUCCUGUUGGACCUGCAGAACCGCCUCAACAAAGUCAUCAAGAGCGUGGGAAAAAUCGAGCACAGCUUCUGGAGGUCCUUCCACACGGAGCGAAAGACGGAGCAGGCCACGGGAUUCAUUGACGGGGACCUCAUUGAAAGCUUCCUGGAUCUCGGCCGGGCAAAGAUGCAGGAGGUUGUCAGCACUCUGCAGAUCGAUGACGGCAGCGGCAUGAAGCGUGAAGCCACAGUGGACGAGGUGAUUAAGAUUGUAGAGGAGCUGACAAGGAUCCACUAGUUUCCAGUGGCAUCGAGAGCCCCGCCGAGCGAGGGGACGGUCCCGAGGCGUAGUGAAGACGCUGACGAAGGGAACGGUUUGGUUUUUUUGCAGAUAUGUAAAUAAUUAUAAAUAAACAAUGUGCGCAUGGUCAUCUGCCAGACUUCAAUAAUUUGUCACCUGUUGAGACCCUGAAGGUGCUACACGAUGACUGUAGCACUCUUCAUUUAGACGAGAGUCUCCAGGCAAAGUGCGUAGCAUCCUGUCUGAACAACAGAAAGACCGAAGUGAAAACACUGGUCUGAGUGCGUGCGUUUG